AUGCUGUUCAUUACUUACGGAUUUGUGCUGUUGUCAGCAACUGUCGGGGAAGUAAACGUCAAAGGUGUCGCAGAAAAAGUGUUAUUGACAGCUGUCUGUUAUAUCACUUCUAAUUCCGCGCCCCCUCCCGGGACUGAAACACCAGUUAGAGGAGAAGUAAUGAUGACUCAACCGCCAUUGGGAAUGGGUCCCACAACCAUGCAUAUUCAUAUAAAAGGUCUUCCUCCCAACACAGUACAUGGAUUUCACAUCCAUGAAUACGGAGACACAUUUUCAGACGGGUGUCAAAGCACCGGAAGUCACUACAACCCGUUGCAUAUGACACACGGUGCGCCUCAAGAUAAAAUACGCCACUUUGGAGACUUGGGAAACGUGGUUGCGGAUAAAGAGGGAGUCGUCAAUGCUGUGCUUGUUGAUCCUCGGGUGUCCUUGUUUGGGCCCUUCUCAGUUGUUGGAAGAGCGUUUGUGAUCCAUGAAAAGAUAGAUGACCUCGGUCAAGGGACUGGGCCACUUCAAGUUGAGAGUUUGAAAACCGGUAACGCGGGCGCUCGUUUGGGAUGCGGCGUUAUUCGACUUGCGCCCGUGAAAAUAGGCCAACAAGAUCCAGAUGUCGAAACCUCAUGA